CAAAUUAGAAGAGACACACACAAAUUAUUUCCCAUGGCCUUGGUGUCGGCUCUUCUUUUGCUCCUUUCUUCUCUGUGUGUGCAGCAGUCAAGCAGCACCAUUCCGUUGGGAGCUUCGCUUUCCUCGGCCACUCAAACAACCUCAUGGACUUCGCCUUCUCGUCGCUUUGCGUUCGGUUUUUACAAUCGAAGCAAUGGCCAUUAUGUUGGAGUUUGGUUAGACGGCAAUGGAAAGAAGGCUAACAAAGUUAUAUGGACAGCAAACCGUGAUGAUCCGCCCUUCACUUCAGAUGCUACUCUGAAGUUAAAUGAGAAAGGAGUGAUUGUUUCGACGGCUGAUAGCGGAGAGAAGAUGUUUAUUGCUAAUGGAAACCAAUCGGAUGCCUACUCUGCCUCCAUGCUAGAUUCAGGCAAUUUCGUUAUCUACAACAAAGAUAAUCAUAUCAUUUGGGAGAGUUUCCAGCAUCCUACAGAUACCAUUUUAGGUGGUCAGAGUCUGUUAAAUAAUAGCCAGUUGAUCUCCAGUUUAUCAGAAAAUGACCCCUCAGCUGGAAGGUAUCGUCUCCGUAUGCAAAACGAUGGGAAUCUUGUUCUAUACCCUCUAGAAUCCGAAAACUCUCCUAAAACUGCCUAUUGGAGAUCAAAAAAUUAUGUGACGAAUGUGGCGAAUUUGUCGCUUCGCCUUCACUCGACAGGCGUCCUACAACUCAUCAACAACAUUGAUUCGUCCGUCUACGGAACAAUUCCUUUAGAUUAUCAAGAGGAGAGCUACAGUGACUUCACCGAGAGCAGCAGCAACAACAACAAGAGUAUUGUUUACAGUGCAAGCCUUGAUGUUGAUGGGAAUUUCCGGUUAUAUGCUCAUGUGUUUGAGCCAAAUGGUGGAUUCCAAACUUAUGCAAUGCGGCGUGCGUUGUUAAAUUCCUGUAAAAUUAAAGGCUUUUGCGGUUUCAACAGCUAUUGCACCUUCAAUGAUAACCGGCCUUUCUGUGCAUGCCUUCCCGGGACUGAUUUUAUCGAUCCUAAUCAGAACACCAUCGGCUGCAAAAGAAAUUAUUCGGAAGCGCACUGCAAAGGAGGGAAGGCCAAUAUACCCCUUUAUAACAUCACCUCAAUGCAAGGUAUAGAAUGGACUACGGGUACAUUUUACAGUAAAGAGCGACUGAGCAAGGAUGCCUGCAUCCGAACAUGUCUGGAAGACUGCAAUUGCGAGGUAGCGCAGUUCGAUAAAGGAGUUUGCAAGAAACAAAAUCUUCCACUCAGGUAUUUGCUACGAGAUAUCGAUGCUCAAAUGAAUCCCACUGUUUUAUUGAAGGUGGGAAUCAUAAGCCUUGAAGCACAAAACGACACUACUUCCCCUGAUUUAAAGCCACCGCAGUUCCUAAUCAAACGGGAAAUUUCGGUCGUGCAGAUUCUUGUUUUAUCUUCCAUUCUCGUUGCAUGUUCAUGUGCUUUGCUUACAACCUCAGGUGUAUUCAUCUAUAAAUUUCGAGUUCUAAGAUACAAAAGGCUGCUGGAAAUGGGAGAUUUGGGCCUAACCAGAGAGCUUAUGUUGACGUCGUUUUCAUACAAUGAACUCAAGAGAGCCACAAAUGGAUUUAAACAAGAGUUGGGUAAGGGAUCGUUUGGAGCAGUCUACAAAGGAACUCUAGACCGAGGAAGAAAGCUGAUCGCCGUGAAGAGACUGGAAAAGUUAGUGGAAGAAGGUGAAAAAGAGUUCCAAGCAGAAACACGAGCAAUCGGUAGAGCUCACCACAGAAAUUUAGUUCGACUAUUGGGAUACUGUGUCGAGGAUUCCAAAAGGCUUUUGGUGUAUGAGUACAUGGGCAAUGGAUCCCUUGCAGACCUAAUUUUCAAGUCAACAAGGCGCCCAUCUUGGAAUGAAAGGAGGAGAGUAGCCCUAGAUGUUGCUAGAGGACUCCUCUACUUACAUGAAGAAUGUGAGACACCAAUCAUUCACUGUGAUAUAAAGCCGCAAAACAUAUUGAUGGAUGAUUCAUGGAGAGCUAAAAUUUCAGACUUCGGGCUGGCAAAACUGUUGAUGGGAGAUCAUACAAGGACAUUCACAGUAGUGAGGGGAACUAGAGGGUACAUGGCACCAGAAUGGAAUGGAAACACUCCAAUCUCGGUGAAGGCCGACAUUUACAGCUUCGGAAUCGUGCUACUGGAAACGGUGUUUUGCCGACGAAACUUGGACACCAAUGUGUCAAAACCAGAGGAGAUCAUUCUGUCGAGACUGGUGUAUAGAUGUUUGGUUGAAAGAGAGGUGGAUAAGCUUGUGGGUGAUGAGCAAAUGGACAAGGAAAACUUGGAAAGAAUGGUGAUGGUGGCACUCUGGUGCAUUCAAGAUGAACCAGCUCUUCGUCCUUCAAUAAAGACUGUAGCUAUGAUGCUGGAAGGGAUUACUGAUAUAUUUAUUCCUCCAUGUCCAAGUGCUUCCUACAUGUGAUGUGAUGGCCCAGACAUCAAUCAUCUCACUCAAACUGCUCUUGCAGGCCCUGAAUGUAUGUAAGGAUUGCAUCAUGUUUGUGUUUUCUUUUAUUUGUCAAUAAAUCUGUAAAAUUCUUUGUGCAGUGUACGUCGCCCGUGGUUUGUAGCUGUGGUAAUUGUAUUGGAGUUGGCUUCUUUCAGUUAAUUUAUUAUUACUCAAUAAU